ACGUGUAAAGUAUAGUAAACGUCGCAGGCCCAGAGUUAUCAAUCAUCAAUCGGUGUUGAUGAGUUUGUUAAAGUCCUAAAAAAAGGGGUGUAAUUAGCUGUAAAAAGAAGAUUAUUCCAUAAAAUCGGGUGAGAUCAUUUGGUAAACAUGUUCACACCAUCAGGCAAAAGUGGAUUCGACAAAGCUUUGGAAAAAGCUACAAGUCAGCUUCUGUUAGAGCCGGACUGGGAUGCCACUUUGCAGAUAUGCGAUUGUAUCAGACAGAAAGACGUCAGCGUCAAGUAUUUCAUCAAUGCUAUUCGCAAGAAAUUGUUUGACAAAAACCCAAGAGUGACUCUGUAUGCUCUGCAGGUCUUAGAGUCAUGUGUCAAAAACUGUGGAAGUGGUAUCCAUGAGGAGAUAGCCUGCAAGCAGGUUAUGGAUGACAUGAAAGAGCUGACCAGAUCUGGUAAUGAUGCAGUCAAGAACAAGGCUCUAGAGAUGAUCCAAGCUUGGGCGCACGCCUUCCGUAACGAACCCACCCUGAAAAUAGUCAAUGAUACCUUCAAUCAACUCAAGGGCGAAGGGAAUUCAUUUCCACCAUUGCGAGAGAGCGAUGCAAUGUUUAUGGCUGAAAAGGCCCCUGAGUGGGUGGAUGGGGACCUAUGUCAUACCUGCCGUGUUGAGUUUGGGGUUGUGCAAAGAAAGCAUCAUUGCCGUCAUUGUGGACAACUCUUCUGUAGCAAGUGCUCCUCUAAGCAGCUGCCUAUUCCAAAGUUUGGAAUCGAGAAGCCCGUCAGAGUCUGUGAGCCAUGUUACACUAAGCUUACCAGCCGUACCGAGACCACAGCUGCCCCCGGAACCGAUUCUGAUUUGCCCCAGGAAUAUCUGAACAGUCCGUUGGCUCAGCAGUCUCAGACUCCACCGCAGCGCAACGAGAGAGAACUGCAGGAGGAGGAAGAGCUGCAGCUUGCUAUGGCGUUGUCACUCGACGCUGCCGAGAAUAAACACAUUAUUCACAAGGAGAAAGGGAAUAGUCACUCUAGCGCCGGGUCCUCACCUCCCCCAGCUUCAACCCUCGUAGAAGAGCACCGUUCUAAAGAGCCGUCCUCGGCCCCAACUUUAGAUGUUGAAGGAGAUCCAGAGCUGGCCCGCUACUUGAACCGCCCCUACUGGGAGCAGAAGCAGGAAGACAUUGUGAAGACGGUGUCUACUGUGACCCCUUCAGCUCCGGCCAACGCCCCUGAGCCGGCGCCCACUGCCACUGCCCCGCCCAUCUCACAAUCGGUGCCCGCACAGCCGCUUUAUUCUACCAGUAAAGUUCAAGAGUAUUCCCAGAAUGGUGAGGUCCCCGAUGACAUUGACUUCGUGCGAUCGUUAUCCACCAACGUAGACGUGUUCAUCAAUCGUAUGAAGAGCGAUUCAUCUAGAGGGCGUAGCAUCGCUAGCGAUACUGCGGUACAGAGUCUUUUCCAUACACUGACUCUGAUGCAUCCACAACUGCUUAACCUACUCCAAGAUAAAGAGGACAAGAGAGCCAAGAUGGAGAGCCUGCAAGACAAGCUGGCUCAGAUCCAAGAUGCUCGAGAAGCAUUGGAUGCAUUGAGAGAAGACCACAGGGAGAAGAAGAGACGGGAAGCUGAAGAAGCCGAGAGGCAGCGACAGAUACAGCUGGCUCAGAAACUAGAGAUCAUGAGGCAGAAGAAACAGGAAUAUUUGCACAUGCAGCAGCAGCUAGCCCAGCAGCGUCUCCACGAGCACGCGAGAGAACUAGAGAUGAGACGAGAGCAGCAGAAACAGCAGCACCAGAUGAGGCAGAUUCAGUACACUGCCUACGCACAGGGUGGUAUGGCACCACCCCCUCAAGGGGUCAUUAUGGGCCAACCACCACAGGGAAUGAUACAACAACAGCAACCAGGAAUGGUGGCCCCACCACAGGGUGCAAUGAUGCCUCCUGGGCAGUAUGCUCCCCCACCACAGACAUUCAGUCCCUCGUCUUCGAUGCAAGGUUCGCCAGCACACAGUGGCUACAGCCAGCAGCAGCAGCAGCAGCAGUCGUACCCAGUCCAGCCCCCACCCAUGGAGCAACAAGCACCCAUGCAGACCCCAUCAACAACCCCUCAACCCGGGUACACCCAAGGGUACCACCAGCAACAGCAGCAGCAGCAGCCACCCUCAUACCAACAAGCAGCGCCACAGCCACCCCAAACGGUUGCCGGUUACCCGAUGGGCUACCACCAACAACAGCCCCCUUCAACUCAACCGCACCCCGGUGGUCCACCCAAUGGCAAUUUCUCCCCUCUAUCCUCAAUGGAUUAUUCCCAACAACAACAGCCACAACAACAAGCCAACAAUCCCUACAACAUGCAAGGACUGGCGUCGACUCUACCACCCCCUGCACAGCAGUAUGGAGCCCCUGCACCCCAGGGGGUCAUGUACCAGCAACAGACUGGUGUUGAGAUGCAGUAUGGUGGGCAAACCCAGCAGCAGCAGCAGCAGCAACAGCAGCAGCAGCCGCCGCAACAACCAGAGGCUUCCCUCAUAUCCUUCGACUAGCUUCGCUUCUUUAUUCCCAGAAUAGACCUUAUGCACAUAAUGUCAUUUUGGUAGGACGCCCUCACCUAAAGGUCAGAGUCAGGUUUUUCAAUGGUCAAUCCUGUGCGCCGCGCAUAGGAAUCUUUGCAUGUCUAUUAUUUCAUCAUCGUCGGUUUACCUCUAAGAUGGCGGCUGGAUGACGUCAAUGCAUAAGGUUUAAAGAAAAUUGUAUAUUCAAUAGAAAUGCCGGAAAUCAGUCAAAAUUUUAAAAAAAAAUUAAUCGGUCCUGAUUUUCGUGCACUAAUUUAAUCACAAUAUGAAUAUAAUGUGCAUUUAUAUAACUAUAGCAUUAUUAUUAUCCAUGUCAUUUAGUUUAAAACAAGAAAUGGGCAAGAAAAUGCUGUGAAAGAUUCGUAAUUUUUUUUUACACUUGUAGAACUUUUUAAUCCAAAAUCCGUUGUUCGCACAAAGCUAUCGGGUCCUGAAUUUCAAGACAAUUUCAACUAGAUCUUGUGUUGUUCAGAAAGUUUGCAGGGCUUGUGGGUGAUUGUGGGGUCACCGUUGUGGUUUAUAUUUUCACUUUGCAUUAUUUGACAACAAGCCAAGAAACUGGUGUACAGUGGACGAUAGUUUUUUUAUAAAGUCUGCUUUUGUCAUGGAUGUGCGCUGUUAGUGUCAGUAGUACAUGAAAGCAUUGUUCUA